GAGGGGAGCGGAGCGCAGCCUCAGCCCGGCGCCUGCGAGAGCCGGGGAUGCGCUGGUGCGCCCAGCCCUGCAUCCCGGAGCGACUGCCCGAGAGAUGCUGCUGUGACUUGGUUCUGCGCCGGGAAAAGAACGGCUCCGAGCCCCCACCCCCGUCUCCUCCCGCCCUCCUCUUCCUUCCCCCUCCCCCGGGUCCUGCGGGGAGGCGGGUUUAAGGUGGGUCGUGUGGCCGCGGUAACUUUCCUAACAGAGCCAAAGAGGCGCCCGGAGUCCCCCGCAGCAGCAUCGCCCGCCCGUCCUGGGCAGCGGCACCGGCGCCGUGCCCCCGUGCGAGCGGCCCCGGCUCGGCCGAGGCUGCUCGGGCUGCGCUCGCCGCCUCCCGCCGCCGUCCCUCGCCGCAGCCCCGCGGAGCCGGAGCCGGAGCCAGGUCCCGCCGAGGGCCAAGAGACCUCCCAAGAGCUUUCUCCCACUCCCCCGUUGAUGUGCCCUGUGUCUCCAUGUGCUGGGGAUCUGUAAAAACAGGAUCCACUGGGAAUUUUUAGCACUUUAAGGUACAACAAUGGUGGUACAUGUGCUGUUCCAGGGGAUUCUAAGAGGGCUGAUUCUGACUUUCCUGCUCAAAAGUACUCUGUCCCUAAAUCCAGAUGAUCCAAAUGUUUGUAGUCACUGGGAAAGCUACGCCGUGACCGUGCAGGAAUCCUACGCUCACCCCUUUGACCAGAUCUACUACACACGAUGCACAGACAUCCUCAACUGGUUCAAGUGCACCAGGCACAGGAUCAGCUACAAGACCGCCUAUCGCAGGGGGCUGCGCACCAUGUACCGCCGGCGCUCGCAGUGCUGCCCCGGCUACUACGAGAGUGGGGACUACUGCAUACCACUGUGCACAGAGGAGUGUGUGCAUGGAAGAUGUGUCUCUCCUGACACGUGUCACUGUGAACCAGGCUGGGGAGGGAAUGAUUGCUCAAGUGAUUUGGCCACCUCUGAUGGGCUGGGGGAGUCCAGCACCUCUUCGGCAGAGACUGGCGGAAGCAGCAACUACAACAGCUGUGACAGCGAGCACUGGGGGCCUCACUGCAGCAACCGCUGCCAGUGCCAGAACGAAGCGCUCUGCAACCCCAUCACCGGCGCCUGCGUGUGCGCCGACGGCUUCCGCGGCUGGCGCUGCGAGGAGCUCUGCGAGCCGGGCACCUACGGCAAGGGCUGCCACUUCCAGUGCCAGUGCCACCACGGGGCCACCUGCGACCACCAGACCGGCGAGUGCCACUGCGCGCCCGGCUACACCGGCGUGUUCUGCGAGGAGCUGUGUCCCCCCGGCAGCCACGGGGCGCAGUGCGAGCUGCGCUGCCCCUGCCAGAACGGGGGAGUUUGUCACCACAUCACUGGGGAGUGCUCCUGUCCUGCUGGAUGGAUGGGGCUGGUGUGUGCACAGCCUUGUCCUCCUGGAACCUUUGGAAUUAACUGCAGCCAGGACUGUCCAUGCCACAACGGAGGGCACUGUGACCCCGUGACAGGAAAAUGCCUGUGUACAGCUGGCUAUAUAGGAGACAGGUGCCAGGAGGAGUGUCCCAUCGGCACCUACGGCUUCCAGUGCGCGCAGACCUGCGCCUGCCAGAACGGGGCCAAGUGCUACCACGUCAACGGCGCCUGCAUCUGUGACCCUGGCUUCAAAGGCAUCCACUGCCAGGAAAGAAUGUGUCCUGAAGGGUUCUAUGGCCUCAAGUGCAACAAGAGAUGCCCCUGCAAUGUUACCAACACCCUCAGCUGCCAUCCUCUGUCUGGGGAGUGCAGCUGCAAGGCUGGCUGGGCUGGGCUCUACUGCAACGAGACGUGUCCCGUGGGCUACUACGGCGAGGGCUGCCAGGUGCCCUGUCCCUGCCACAACGGGGCCGACUGUGACAGCAUCACUGGCAGCUGCAUCUGCGCCCCAGGCUUCAUGGGAGACGACUGCACCAUUCCCUGCAUGGCAGGGACCUACGGAACCAACUGCUCGUCGGUCUGUAACUGCAAGAACAAUGGCACUUGUUCCCCUGUGGAUGGGCUGUGCUACUGCAAAGAAGGGUGGCAAGGAGUGGAUUGCUCUAUUCCCUGUUCAAGUGGAAGCUGGGGUCUGAACUGUAACCAGACGUGUUCCUGCAGCAAUGGAGCAUCCUGCAGGCCAGCUGAUGGCUUCUGCCUCUGCUCCCCAGGAUGGCAGGGGGAGUUCUGUGACCAGCCUUGUCCUGAUGGAACAUAUGGCCUUAAUUGCAGUGAGCGUUGUGACUGCAACCACGCGGAUGGGUGUGACCCUGUCACCGGCUACUGCUGCUGCCUGGCAGGCUGGACAGGCAUCCACUGUGACAACAUCUGCACCCAGGGCCGCUGGGGACCCAACUGCUCCAUCUCCUGCAGCUGUGAGAACGGGGGAUCCUGCUCCCCUGAGGAUGGAACCUGUGACUGUGCACCGGGAUACAGAGGGCCCUUGUGCCAGAGAAUUUGCCCACCCGGGUUUUACGGACACCACUGCAGCCAGCCGUGUCCCCAGUGCGUGCACAGCAAUGGUCCCUGUCACCACGUGUCCGGCCACUGCGACUGCCUGCCCGGCUUCUCCGGCCCCCUCUGCAACCAAGUGUGUCCCAGUGGGAAGUUCGGGAAGGACUGUGCCGAGGUGUGCCAGUGCACCGAGAACGGGACCUGCAACCCCAUCGACGGAUCCUGCCAGUGCUUCCCAGGCUGGAUAGGCAUGGACUGCUCCCAGACUUGUCCCACUGGGUUUUGGGGUCCUGAUUGCUUUCAUUCAUGCAACUGCCACAACGGAGCGCUGUGCAGCCCCUACGAUGGAGAAUGUAGAUGCACCCAUGGUUGGACGGGGCUCUACUGCACUCAGCGUUGCCCAGCUGCUUUUUAUGGGAAGAACUGUGCCAAUGUGUGCCAGUGCCAGAACGGAGCCGACUGUGACCACAUCACCGGGCAGUGCACGUGCAGGACGGGCUUCACCGGCAAACAGUGCGAGCAGAAGUGCUCUCCAGGAACAUUUGGUUAUGGUUGCAAGCAAUUGUGUGAGUGCAUGAACAAUGCAACGUGUGACCACGUCACAGGCACCUGCUACUGCAGUCCAGGCUUCAAAGGAAUCCGGUGUGAUCAAGCGGCUCUUAUGAUGGAAGAAUUAAACCCCUAUACUAAAAUUAGCCCUGCUCUUGGAUCAGAGAGGCACUCAGUGGGAGCAAUCAUUGGAAUUAUUAUUCUCCUUCUAAUUAUUAUGGUCUUGCUGGCACUCUUUGUGUGGUAUCGACGGAAACAGAAGGAGAAGGGCCAUGACAUGCCAAGUGUGUCUUACACUCCAGCCAUGAGGAUGACUAAUACAGAUUACUCACUUUCUGAUUUAUCCCAGGGUAGCAGCAGUGUUCAUUGUUUUUCCAAUCCAAGCUACCACACUCUCUCAUGUGGGGUGACUUCACGCUUCUUUCCCAGUAAUCUGGAUGGAAACAGCUCCUGUAAGCUCAGUAACAAAAUCCUUGACAGAGAAACUGCAGACUGGAGACCCUACAGCUAUCUGAAUGAACUAGGUGCUUGUGGGAUGGAUAGACGUCAGAACACAUACAUAAUGGAAAAAAGCUUCAAAGAUUAUAUGAAAGAAUCUGUGUGCAGCUCCAGCACUUGUUCCCUGAACAGCAGUGAAAACCCAUACGCCACCAUUAAAGACCCCCCCAUUUUAACCUGCAAACACUCUGAGAGCAGCUACGUGGAAAUGAAAUCACCUGGUCACAGGGAGUCCCCGUAUUCCGAAAUGCCAACUUCAUCAACAGCCAACAAAAACAUCUACGAAGUUGAGCCCACUGUCAGCAUAGUCCAAGACGGCCGCAGUCGGAGUGCCAGCUACCUUCAGAACCCCUAUGACCUGCCUAGGAACAGUCACAUUCCUGGUCACUACGACCUGCUCCCCGUCCGGCACAGCCCCACGCACGGGUCUUCUUGGGACAAGCAGUCCUAGAGGGAUGGACUUCACUGGCACUGUGCUGCCAGCACAGACUGUGAGGAAGCAGAGGAGAAGCCAUUCCUUCCUUUCCUGCGGACUGGCAAGGACUUAACACGACAUCAGCUUGGGCCAACUGCUGCUGCAUGAUGUUAUUGAUAAAGACAUUUUUGUAUGGGUACC